AUGUCAUCUCAGUCAUCGCUUUCAGAUUCUGAAGAAGAAGAAUUGUUAUUGCUGGUGUCAGUACUAAAGAGAAAGCGUAGAAUCUGGGUGCAUGAAAUAAAUCAGAAACGACGGAAACUUGGAGAAAAUAAACUGUGCUUAGAACUUCAAUCACAUGAAGAUCGUUUCUAUACCUAUUUCAGAAUGAAGCCAGAAACUUUUGAAUAUUUACACAAUCUUCUUGAACCUCAUAUUAAAAAGAAAAAUACAAACUACAGAGAGGCUAUUCCAACAAAAGAAAGACUGGCACUUUGUUUAAGGUUUUUAGCAACUGGUGACACAUACACAACAAUAUCUUUCUCUUAUCGUUUGGGUGAAUGCACCGUUUCAAAGAUAGUAACUCAAGUAUGCGAACAAAUUUGGAAGAUACUGCAGCCAGAGUACAUCCCGGUUCCUUCUACUAAAACAUGGUUGGAAAUAGCUGAAGCAUUUCAAACAAUAUGGGGUUUUCCUAAUUGCCUCGGGAGUAUUGACGGCAAGCAUAUUGUUAUUAAAUGUCCACCUAACAGCGGCUCACUGUUCUAUUGCUAUAACAAACGAUUUUCUACUGUGUUAUUGGCAAUAGUUGAUCCACAUUACAAAUUUACUUACAUAGAUGUAGGAUCAUAUGGUAAAGAUUCCGAUAGUACAAUAUUUGAGAACUCAUCAUUUUAUCAGCUUUUAAAAAGUGGACGGGAUCUGAAUUUGCCAGCUCCAAAACCUUUGCCAGGUUUCCAACAGACUACACCACAUGUAUUCAUUGCAGAUGGAGGAUUUAAAUUAGAAACCUUUCUAAUGAGACCUUUCACUAGAGACGCAGCAAUGAAUGACAAUGAUAAAAAAUAUUUAAUAAAUCAUUAA